CUAUUUGAAUCUAUGAACAUUGUGCGUUACAAUAUCUUAAGUCAAUCAUGAAUCCAUUCGGUGUGCAGGUAAAGAAUGAAGGAGGCAGUGAGGCUCAUGCUCAGCUGACCAUAAUCGUCACUGCUGCAACUUACAGUUCUCUCCACCGCGGGGAGUGCAAGAGACAAAAAAUCAAUGUGACAGUGCCAGCUCACAAAGCCCACAGGGAAGUGCUGCGUCUGCACUACGACGACUACGCUCAUUGUGUGUCCGAGCAUCAUCUGAUCAAGGUGAGAGCCUUCUUGGACUCUUCAGGAAACGGCGACCCCAUCAUGACCACGGCCAACAUCCCACUGAGCAUGCCUGAGGUGCUUGUGCAGGUGCCUGGGAAGGCUGUUGAAUUCGAAACAGCUAAAGCAUUCUUUACCUUCACCAAUCCCCUCCCAGUUCCUCUUGUCGGUGGUGUGUUCACCGUGGAAGGGGCCGGUCUGCUGGUGGCCACUGAGAUCCCUGUCAGUGGUGAUAUAUUACCGGGCCAGGAGGUGUCUGUCGGGCUCUCGUUCUCACCCAUCCGUUCUGGGGUGAGAACGCUCAUUGUGGACUUUGAAUCAAACAGGCUGAAGGACGUGAAGGGAGUCGCCACCGUAGUUGUCCACAGGAAAUACCGCCCUAUAAUUACUACAUGUUAUUGAAAAACUUUAAGGUGACUGAGCCACACCUCUCUGUGUCAGAUUAGAACAUUUAUUAUGGCUGGCACUAAAAGGAAAUUUGUUUGUUCCUCCUCUGUGCAAUUUCAUUCAAUACUUUAACUGAUUUGCCCAGUUUCCGUCUAUCUUUAUUAACUUUAUAUAUUGAAAUUACAAAUACCAGGACAAAACAUUGUUUUUGUCUGAUUUUCCAAAAAUUGUUUUUUCAUAUUGUUU